AUGCGGGAGAAGGACCAGCCCAAAACAAUUAAUGAACACACUAAAAAUGAGCCUCAGCAGAAUGAGGAGCUGAUCUUGAAAUCUUUACCGCCAGCACCAUCACCGAACUUAGAGAAGGCAGAGGCUAAACAAGAGAAUAUAGCUGCAACAAAGGGAGUAGAUGAUGCUAAUAAGAGACCCAGAGCAAUCCCAAGAACCCCAAAUAGGCCUCCCGUCAGUAAUCCAGAAGUAGUAAAGAUCCAGGCCUGGUGGCGGGGCACCCUGGUGUGUAGCACACUGCUGUACGUGGCUCUCAGGGUGUGGAUCAUUCAGGGCUGGUGGAGGCAUAAGCUGGUGAAGCUGCAUGAGAAUAGGCGGCGGACAGCUCUGGAGAACUUUACACAGAAGGAGUGGGCGGCAGUCAGGCUGCAGUCCUGGGUCCGCAUGUGGCGCAUCCGUUGGCGCUACUGCCGUUUGCUCAACGCUGCCCGCAUCAUCCAGGCCUACUGGAGAUGCCAAUCCUGCGCUUCCCAGGGUUUCACCAAGGGCCACUACAGAGUCACGGCCAACCAGCUGCACCUCGAACUCGAGGUCUUGCUGGGCUCAGGGCCUUGCAUUGUGACAGAGUGUAUUCCCCUUCCAAUAAAGCAGUGA